GCGCCUAAUGCUAAGUAAAAUUACUGAAAAAACACGUGCUUAAAACGUCACUAGAACCAUGACUGGAACGCCUCUUAAGGAGUGGCGACAUUGGAAUGUUGACCAAUUAGAAACAGCCGUUAUCUCCCGCGACACUGAUUGGUCAUGCCCUGGAGCUCUGAUAGACGCUGAUUGGUGGAGAGCACGGAGCGCUGUUUUCGAAUCGGUGAUUGUCUCAGUAGUAGCCGUUAGUGCGGAAUUGCAAGUGGACAGAACAGAAGCGCUCAGUGAAACAUUUUUAGGUUUAUACUUAGUUUAGCUGUAGGUGUCAUAUAUUCGCAACACUGCAUUUUGGAUUGUAUUAUUUUCCCGAGGACGUCAUUAAGCAAGAUCGGUUGUAAUGGCCCUGACAUUAGCGUCUCCUUGCGGAAUACUGUCCGAUGAUGAUGAAUGCGGGGCCGUCUUUGAAUCCACGGCUGCUGAUAUUGGAGGUCUCAUGAGAUCUCAGCGGUUUGUGUCCCAUCUCCCAGAGAUUUCAGUCAUAACCGCUGCUGCAGACUCUCUAACACCAGCUAAAGCGCUCAAGGGGGAUGUAAGCAGAAGAGGCAGCGCUGAUGAUGGAUCAGAGAAGCUGAAGGUCUUCCUGAGAAUUCGUCCUCUUACCGAGGCUGAGAAGGAGCGGGGAGGGGAGCAGGGCUGUGUGAAUGUGCAGUCUGAGGACAGCCUCCUGCUCAUAGCGCCCAAAGACUCCAACAACAUGAAGAACGCAGAGCGAGGGGUUGCACAAAGCCUGCAUAAGUUUACAUUCACUAAGAUUUUUGGAGCACAAACUUCUCAGCAGGAAGUUUAUGAUCACACCAUACGAGAGAUGGUGCGAGAUGUUCUGCGUGGAGAGAAUCGCCUCCUCUAUACCUAUGGUGUGACCAACUCUGGCAAAACCUAUACCAUACAAGGGAGCGGUGGAGAGGCAGGUCUGUUGCCACGGGCGUUGGUGUCUGUAUUCCUUAAGCUAUCUGGCCGACUGUACUCUGCCAUGGACCUCAAGCCUGUACUGAGCCAGGAGGUCCGUAAACUGGACGCCAGCGAGGUCCGCGCUGAGGAAACAGGGCGUGAAGCUCUGCUGAAAGAGGAUGAGUCCAGGCUGCGUGCAGGUCUGUCUUGGGACAGCGGCAUCGGUGGACUCUCAGCUACCAGUCAUAUAGCAACACAGCUCGAAGAUUCAGAUGGCGUUUGUUUGGAGGCGAACGGUUUGUCCCUCAGUGGUGGGGAGGAUCUGGAGGAGGGGGCGCAGUUCUCAGUUUGGGUCUCGUUUUAUGAGAUCUACAACGAAUUUCUGUACGAUCUUUUGGAUGCUCCGCCUUCUCUUCAGUCCCGCAAGAGAGCCACUCUACGCCUCAGCGAUGACAAAUAUGGAAACCCUUAUGUGAAAGAUCUGACAUGGAUUCACGUACGAAGUGCAGAAGAAGCCUGGAAAGUGCUUAAGGUUGGACAUCGUAACCAAAGCUUUUCCAGCACUCAGCUAAACCACAACUCCAGCCGCAGUCAUAGCAUCUUUACCAUCCGUGUUCUACAAGUGCAGCCCCAAGCGGAUCUGAGACAGACGACCCGAAUCAGCGAGCUUUCGGUGUGUGAUCUGGCUGGAUCGGAGCGCUGUAAGGAUCAGCAGAACGGAGAGAGAAUGAAAGAGGCGAAUAAUAUCAACACCUCCCUGCUCACACUGGGCCGCUGCAUCACUGCUCUGAGACACAAUCAGACCAAUAAGUCACGUCCUCCCCUGGUCGUUCCAUUCAGAGACAGCAAGUUAACCAGAGUCCUCCAGAGCUUCUUCUGUGGUCACGGACGCUCUUGCAUGGUGGUCAACAUCAACCCUUGCGCCUCCACCUAUGACGAGACCCUCCAAGCGCUCAAGUUCUCUGCCAUCGCCACACAGCUGGUGCACGGCCCGUGCAGUAAGACACGUGUGGCGUACAUCUUGUCGCUGCUCCGUGAGCAGCAAGCUCCUCAAAACGACACCACACUGCUAGAAGAGGAAGAGGAAGAGGAAGAGGAGGAGAGCGAUGAGGAAGGAGACAUCACCAUGUUUGACCCUGAGGGCCUCCUGAAGGCCAUCGACGUUCUGAAGCGCGAGGUGCUACGUCAGCGGCAGGAGAAAGAAGAACUGGAGGUCAAGGUUCGAGAGGAGGUGUGUGCUGAAAUGAUGGAGGUCAUCAGCCGCAUGCAGGAUGACUUCAGUGAGACGCUGGAGAACGAGAGGGAUCUGAUGGAGAACAGGUGCGAGAACAAGAUCAACAUCCUGAAAAGCAGCUUGAAAAAAUAUUACAGCCAAGAAUUAGAGGAACGAGACGAGGAGGUCAGAGAACUUAGUGCUGCUCUCAAAGAGAGGGAAGAGAGCGGUAUAGCCCCAGCUCCCAUGUUCCCGCCUGUGACGGACGCUAAUGCUCCCCGCCGCUCACGCCGCGUGGCUUCAACACACGCACGCAACACAGAACACGAGUGCCUAGAGCUCAUGCAGUGUAAAGCCAAGCUGGAUCAGUGUAAAGCCGAGCUGGACCAGUGUAAAGCCGAGCUGGACCUCAGGCAAACUGAACUGCGGCUGAAAACACUCGAACUGAAGCGCUUCCAAGAAAAUCCUUCUUUCUCUGGCACCACCAACACAGUGACGAUUACAGCUGAGAGGAAACUAGAGGAGGGUCAGAGGAACCUGAAGCAGUUGAGGAUGGAGUUACAGAUGUUGGGUGUUAAACUGCAGUCCGGAGAGAGAGCGUGCUGCCGCAACACAGACGGCGAGAAGCUGCGUCACGCGCUCGCAUCUGCAGACAGUAAACUUGCCAAACAGGACCAAAUGUUGGUGGAGCUGCACACCAGCCUGCAGCUGGUUAAAGCAGACCUGCGCAGGAAAGAUGAGACACUGGCGCAGCUGAAGGGCACGCUGCCGCCCCAGCCCCCCGUGACACCCGGCUCCUGCAAGAAGAGAGGAUGCGGAGCAGCAGUGGCGGCAGUUUACGCUGAGAACCAACCUCCAGAGAAACGACCCUUCUUCCGCUCCCUGUUUCCCUCACGCACUCCUUCCAAGACCCCCGUGAGACAGACUCGUCAGCGGGCAGAGGUCACCACGCCUUACACACGCAUACUGCGCUCGCGACAGCCCUCACCUCCGUCCACUCCCGUCCAGCGCAGGGUUAAAUAUUAAUCUGGUCUG